AAAUCAAUCAAUCAAUCAACCAACCAAUGGAAGGUGACCAUCUACAACUCCACCACCAAAGAGUUCCUGGGGCGCACCGCCAAGAAUUGGGGUUUGCUCUUACUUUUCUACCUGAUUUUUUAUGGGUUCUUGACAGCCCUCUUCACGCUUUCCAUGUGGGCUAUGCUGCAGACGUUGAAUGAGGACUUUCCGAAAUACCGUGACCAGAUUGUGAGUCCAGGACUUAUGGUUUUUCCCAAACCAGCAACUGCAUUGGACUAUACGUUGAGUGAGUCUGACCCACGUUCUUAUGAAGGCUACAUUAACGACCUGAAAAGGUUUCUGAAGGCAUAUUCUCUAGAAGAACAGCAGAAUCUCACCGUGUGUCCAGACGGAAUCCUUUUUGAACAGGAGGGCCCAGUUUAUGAUGCAUGUCAGUUUCCUGUGUCGUUACUUGAAGAAUGCAGUGGUGUGAAAGAUCCUGAUUUUGGCUAUUCCCAAGGAAAACCGUGCAUCCUGGUGAAAAUGAACAGAAUCAUCGGGUUGAAGCCUGAAGGACAACCAAAGAUAAACUGCAUUUCCAACAAUGAAAAUAUUGCCACCUUAUCAAUUUAUCCCAAGGAUGGGAUUAUGGACUUGAAGUAUUUUCCAUACUAUGGAAAGAAACUGCACGUGGGUUAUCUACAGCCUUUAGUCGCCGUCCAGGUCAUCUUUGAAGCUAACAAUACCAACACAAGUUUAUUGGAAGGAAAGAACCUGAGGAGGGGAGCCUCCAGCUAA